AUGUCCAAAAUGGCGGACGGCAACGGGAAGGAAAGUCAGCUGUUGGGUAAAUUUGUAGAAAAACAGACCAAGUACGGAACAGCAACACGAUUAGUUGCAAAAUCACCGCUACUAGUUAAACAUAGAGUGUGUCCGUCAGAUACUCUUAUGGGAAUCGCCUUGAAAUAUGGAUCUACGGUAGAAAAAAUUAAAAGAGAAAACAAAUUAUGGACAAAUGAUAGUUUAUUUCUACGAGAACAUCUGUUAAUUCCUAUAACAAGUGAAAAUGCCAAAGAAAUUCCCAAAGACUCUGAAAUUAUAGAAUCAGACAAUACCUCUAAAUCUCCAUCAACCAAUGCCGGAAAUAGAUCAAGGUCAAACAGCCAAAUCAGUGAAAGUGAACAUACAGACUCCAUAGAUACUGCCCAGAACAAAGCCGAGGAGACAAAACGUGCCACAGAACAAGACUUCCUUAGCAAGUUUGAUCAUUCUUUUGCAGUUCUUAAAUCCAAUGUAAAGAAAAUGGAACAAAAUACAAGUUUUUCUGUUGACCUUCACAAUCCAUCAACACAUCCUCCACAAACCAGUAGCACUUCUCACGAUUCUUUGGAUCAAUCGUGGGAUGGAUACCAGAACAGUGGGUACCAGCUCAGCGAAGAUUCACCUGUGUUGCGUAUCAAAUCUCGAACUCAAAAAGUGCAGUCAUCAAUCAGUAGUAAACUGGAGCAGACAAACGAUGAACUGUUUCAGUUAUGACAAGUGACCUAAGAUUUUAAUAUGUCUUGUGUUUCCAUUUAACAACUGUAAUCCAACACCUGGAGAUCAUCGAUGCCAAUGCAUGUAAUAGGCCUAGUUGAAAUAAUUUAAUAAAUAAAUUUCAUUUUUAUACGUCCAUCGAAGACGGGAUGUAUUAUGGUAUGGCGUCGUCCGUCUGUCUGGACCUUGUGGGCAGGAUACAGACCAAACCAUAAGCUCCAGGAUUUUAUAACUCGGUACAUUUGAUCACCAUGAUGAGAUGAAGAUGCCUAUUGUUUUUCAAGAUCAUAGGUCAAAAGGUCAAGGUCAUAGUAUCACUUGGUAUGAAAACCUUGUGGGUGGGAUACAAACCGAACCAUAAGCUCCAGGAUAUUAAAACUUGGUACAUUUGAUCACCAUGAUAAGAGGAAGAUGCCUAUUGUUUUUCAAAGUUAGAGUUCAAAGGUCAAGGUCGCAGUAUCACUUAGUAGGAAAACCUUGUAGGCAAUAUAUAGACUGAACACCGUCAAACGUGGUACACAUACACUUUAUGCCAAGUGGAGGAUGCCUAUUGUUUCUCAAGGUCAAAGGUCAAGGUUGUAGUAGCAGGAUCAGACCGAACCAUUGGGGCUAGGGCCAUCAAACUUGGUACACACAUCUUAUACCAAGUGAAAAUAUUACAUAGAGAGUACAUGAUUUGUCUGUUUUUACGAUGUAAAGAAAGUAUGUCACACCCUGAUGAUUGCUGAUACUACUUUUUUUUUUGAAGCCAAGUUCUACAAAUCAUGGUGUAAGAAAAACACCCUAUGUUAGCUUUUCACGGCAUAUUAUGUACCAUUGGUGAUACUCUUGUUGAAAAAUACAUGAGGGCUUGAACUGUGAUGCUUUACACCAACAUACCUCAUGAGGAGUGUUAGCACUUCAGGAAUAGUAUGCCAUUGUCAAGUGUCAUGUAUUUUUUAAAAAUGAAUUUUUUUUUUUUUUAUAUUUACAUUUUACAUUCAUUUCUGUUGAAAUUUCCAGCUGUUCAAGUAGUCAUAUUAUAUCUAUCAAGCUUCAUACACACAUUUUUCAUAUUCAUGAGGAAAUGGCUAUGAUUGAUGACAAAAACAUUGGAAAUGUAAAUAUUUAAUAAUUAUAUCAAAUUUACUUUUCUUGACAUGAUCUGAUGUUUGUUUUAGCUCACCUGAGCUGGAAGCUGAAGUGUUUUAGCUCACCUGAGCUGGAAGCUGAAGUGUUUUAGCUCACAUGAGCUGGAAGCUGAAGUGUUUUAGCUCACCUGAGCUGGAAGCUGAAGUGUUUCAGUUCAGCUGAGCUUAAUUCUUUCAUGAUUGAAGUCUGUCUGUGGUCUCUCUGUCAGUUUAAUUGUUGACCUUCACAGUUUAAUUGUUGACCUUCACAUUAACACAUCAUCCUCCACAAACCAGUAGCACCCUUACCAAAAAAUAUCCACUUCUCACGAUUCUUUGGAUCAAUCAUGGGAUGCAUGGAUACCAGAACAGUGGAUACCAACUCCGCGAAGAUUCAGCUUUUUAAAUGAUCAAUUCAGAGUAACAAAAGAAAAAACCUAUUUGUCCAGAUUUGGUUUUAGUCUUUACAAAGAGCUCACCCAAAAUUGUUGUAGAUCACCUAAGGUAAAUGUAACUGGUUGUCUUUAGUAAAUGGACAAAGACGUAAACUUUCAGCAGACCUCUCACAAUGAUGUAAGUGUAUUAGCAUGAUGCCUGUAGUGUUUACACAUUUUGAGUGCUAUAAUAUUGAUAUUUCAUAUUUUUGUGCUCACUCCCUAUUUGAUAUACAUACAAUGUAUAUAGUUUACAAGACAUCUAUUCCUGGUUACAGAACAUGUCACUGACACAUAUGAUAAAUGUAUUAGAAUUAUAAAGAAGUGCAUGCAGAGAUAGUACUAUGAUGUACAUGUAUGUUGUUAAAACAGGUAGUAAUUUUUCCAUCGCAGGCUGACUGUUAAAUAUGAAAGUCACACGGGUCUUUAAUUUGGAUACAACUUUUAAAAUUCAGGAGUCUUGUUGCAGUAGGUGUUACAUGUGAAAGAAUCAGACCGGUUCCGGAAACAAUAAGCAUUAGUGAACAAUUUCUGGGUUUCAUUUUGUAUGGGUCUUAAUAGACUACUAGUAAUGAGAAAUAAAUGUUUUGGUUUAUUACCCUAAAAGAAUUGCAAGUAUGUGAAAUAUUCUUGUAUGGCAUUCCCCCCCCCCCCCCCCCCCAUAAUUUUGUCGUGCUUCCGUUGAGUAAUUAACACAGAAUUGAUUAUUAUUGACCUUUGAAUAAAAUCGACCACAGUGAGGACAGUUUCAUUUGACUGCAUUUGUAUAAUCUCUUUUAAUGCCUUUUAUGUAAAGAAUGGAUAAGCAUUUAAACUAGAUUAUUGAAGGAAAAUAUAUACACGAUUAUUUAAGGUUAAAACAGUGUUGAAAAUGUGAUUAGAUCAGAAAUAAAAAUUAGAAUAAAACUGUGGCGUGAGGCAAUAAGAUAAUCGCAGCAUACAUGUAUACUGUGCAGCUGACUGCAUGAGCUAUUCUGAGCACAUGUUAAUAUAAUACGUUUUCAAAAGCAGUUCCCCUAUUUUUUGUCGGUUUUUCGUAAAUUAUUUUCCCUUGUAGGUAUUUUCUCUUGUUACUAUGAAUUGAUCCUUUACAACUUUUUAAAAACCACAGGUCCAAUUUCAGUCAGCAUCCUAGCACAAGGAGCAACUUCAGUUUAUUGAAUUUCAAAUAAAUGCAUCUCAAACGGACGUUACACAAUAUUCAAUCAAUCAAUCCAAAGGGAGAUGAUUAAGAAAUAGGGUGUGCAGUUUACAAAUCUCCUCAAAAAUCACUGAACCACAAAAAAUAUAUAGGGUGUGCAGUUUACAAAUCUCCUAAAAAAAUCACUGAACCACAAAAAAUAUAUAGGCUGUGCAGCCUAAAAAUUUCCUCAAAAAUCACUGAACCACAAACAAUAUACAGUAUAUAGGGUGUGCAGCUUAGAAAUCUCAGAAAUCUCUUAACCAGGAACAAAUAUAUAGCGAAAUUCCUUGAAAUUAACCUUCAAUGGCAGAAUGGUCUUGCAAAUUUUAAAAGAACUUUCUUAUUUGCAAGGGUGUCAAACAAAAGUUGGAAGUUGAUCCUGUUAUUCUUAGAAGCCUGAUUGUUUAUACAAUAAAAUGUUUUAGCCAUGA